AGCAACGAGUGAGGGUCACGGCAGCUCCUCGUAAACUCUGCCAAUGUGAUGGUGAAAAGUGACUAAAUAGCUCCAGUGUGCUGACCUUAAUGGUGCUGUGACUAUGUGUUAAGGAAGACUGUGUGAAACUUCAAUUAACGAGGCAAGAUGGUGGAUCAGCAACAAUUCUGUCUGCGGUGGAACAACCACGGGUCAACCCUGGUGGCCGUGUUUGAGAAUCUUCUGGCCAGCGAGUCCUUAGUGGACGUCACCCUUUUUGCGGAGGGAAAGCUCUUCAAAGCCCACAAAGUAGUCUUAUCCGCGUGCUCGCCAUACUUCCAGACGCUGUUUGCUCAAACUAUAGAUAAGCACCCAAUUGUGAUAUUGAAGGAUGUCAAACAUGUCGAGCUCAAGGCCUUAUUGGACUACAUGUACCGCGGAGAAGUCAACGUGUCACAGGACCAGCUUGGACCGUUGAUAAAGACUGCCGAGUCCCUGAAGAUCAAGGGCCUCGCAGACGGUAGCAAUAAGGCUGAGGGAGGAGACACCAGGUCCUCGCACCCUGCCGGCCAUGAUGUCCCCAAGACCGAAAACUCCCUCGAUAGCAAGUCUGGCCGCUCAAGCCUGGAUGCCUUCCCCACGCCUCCAGUCUCUGUCCCCUCAGUGUUGUCUACGGUGCUGACCAUGCCUCCAGCACUCAGUUUGGCUUCCUCAACUCUGGUUCCUCCUAUAAAAUUACCCAACUUAGCGACGACAACGGUAACAGAUCCCACCCCCCGAGAAGACGGCGACUCGCCCCAUACAAAGCGAAGAAAGAGAAUGCGGCGGAAGUCGGGAGAAGGCGGGGAUAGCGGAGAUAGCGAUGGCAGGUCCUCAGGCUCACCAGGAGAUGGCAUCCAUCUACCACGUAUUCCUGCAACUAUAACGCCUAUUGCAGCUCUACAUACUAACCGUGACCAGCACCAGCAGCACAAAGAACGUGAGAGAGAGAUCGAAAGGGAAAGGGAAUGGGAACGCGAGCGGGAACGUGAGCGCGAACGUGAACACGAAAGAGAACGAGAGCGAGAGAGGGAACGGGAAAGGGAACGAGAACGAGAACGAGAACGAGAGAGGGACUUACGAGAACCACUGAGAGUAAACAGUCCUUCGCCCGAAAACCUGGUCGGGUCGUCGAGAGGAGACAGCCACCUGGAUAUCCCUCGGUCGUCCCCCGCCAGUCGUCCGGACUCCGAUCCCCGUUCGAGUAGCCCGAGUAAAGCCCUGUCACUCCUUGUACGACAAGACGAUAACAGCAGCGAUGGAAACCACCAGUCGGACGAUGAAUACGAUGAGAGGAACCAUGACCGUCCAAGCCAUGACCAUAUGCCUGACACGCCUGGGCCUUCCACCUCACGCCUCUUGACCGACGACGCUCCACACACACCAAGUUACAUGUGGCCGUACCCACCCGACACGUCAGCCAGCGAUGAGUCCUCUUUCCCCUCGCUAGAAAAUAAUCAAGAUUACUUGCGUGCUUAUAACCUUGUGAGAGCUGGUUUCCCUGGCCUGUUGCCCUCCCGGAUGUCUACAGACAUCCUGGCCCGUCCCCCUCCUAUUGGCCUUCCUCUACUCCUCAAAGGCCGAGAGAAAUCCAGCCCCAAAUCCAUGCUGGGUUACCCCUUCUCAGAAACUCCUAAACAGUUUGCGUGCGAGAAGUGUGGCCGCACUUAUGCAUCAACAGGUAACUUAAAACGGCACAAGAAAUAUGAGUGUGGUGUUGAACCUCAGUUUUCCUGUCCAAUCUGCAAGAAAAAGUUCCAACAUCGUCACAGUGUAAAGAUCCAUGUUUUCUCCACACAUCGUAAUGAGGCGGGAGAAGGUGGCCCAAAUGAUGCUCCUAAAGAUUCUCCUGCUUUGUUCCCUACUUCUGAAGGAAUGGCUGCCGUUGGCUCUGGUCCAUGUAAAGAUGAGUUUUUCCCAAUCCCGCAGGAAGCCAAUGCCCCAACAACACAAAAUCAAGAUGGGUAGAUUUUGACUGAUUGAGGCUAUGACAGAGUAGGAAAAUAAUUACAAAAGUAUUAUUUACCAAGACAGAUUUAUUCUAGAAUGUGCCUGAACGCCCUUUAAUGCUCAGGGGUUAGAGAAAUGUAUCCAAAAGUUUUAUGUAAAUGAAUUUAACCUUCUGAGCAUUAUAAGGAUUCAGAUGUGAGAAUGAGGUGGGAGCCAGAACAUCUGGGGAAAGAAAAUAAAGCUUUCAAUGAAAUGUAUCCAAUAAACUAGAUUAUUUUUCUUGAUUUGGAGUGGUAAAUAGUAAGUUGUUAGUUAAUGAUUCUAAGCCGAAGAGUUCACACAGACUGGGGGAAUAUAUAUGUAUCCAGUAUGAUUUACUCAAGAAACCUCAUGCCUGUCUGUGAUGUAAUGUUGAAACAUGUGUUAUCUAUUGUUGAUUUCCUCAUAACAAUAUUGAUGGACAGCCAUUGUGAAAAAAUAAUGGAAAUGUGUGCCAGUUACCCCCUCUGUAUUUUGGUCUGUGUGUACUGUAUGCAUGCAUUGCCAAAGUGAAGUAUAGAAUAGGAAAACCAAUAAUAAGCUGUUUAAUUAUUAAAUAUUCAUUGAUUAGAGAAGCAUCAUCUCUUUAAGAAGAGUUGAUGCUCCCAUAUCCACAUUUCCAUACAUGCUUCACUCUUGGCAGUGCAUUUUGAUAAAUGUAUUAUAUGUGUAUGAUCAUCAGUUGUUGUCUGGUUGAGAGUGCUGUGGGAAGAGGUGACGUAUAUCACCAAGGAAGGCUCUAUAGCCAAAGGGAUGUUUGAGGCAUUAUUUAUCAUAAGUUGUUUCCACUUCCAUGUCGAUAUUUGCAAAGUAAUCAAGACCAACAAAUCAUUAUGCAAACACCCCACUGGUUAUGCUACUGGAAAAUGAAUACUACCCUUAUUUUUAAGCAGUAUGAACAUUUAAACAAAAAUAAUCAGAGUAUUAUGGGCAGUACAGGACAGGAUUUUGAAAUUGUUUGACUAACCAAGAAAUAGAUGAAUUAAAGCAACGCAAGUGUUGCUGUGUCCAUUGCGCCAGUGGAUGACUCAGGGAUGAACUUUCAGCAUAAGAUGUGGACAUUAGUCCUGAUCUCUAAUAAUUUAUUUUAAGCUGGUAUGACAGAUAAUCUUUUGUGACCAAACUCAGGUAUAUAAGUACAAAUAAAGCAAUUGUCAGCUCAUUCCAUUAAGUAAAUUAUUAUAGCUGCUGAAGAUUUUAUAGGCAUUUCAUUGUAGCACAUAACAUGAAUCCUUUCAUUGGAUUGAUAUUUUUCUGAUGCUAUGAUUUAAAAACUAGACAGAUUAUAAUUAUAAUAUUAUUACUUCAUAUUGGAGGUGCUGCUUUGAUAGAUAGUUUUGUAUUCUUAGGGAUAAUGUAACAAUACAACUAACACGUUUUGAAAGACAGUGUAGUAGAUUCUCGGCAACUUAGUUCCUGCCUCUCCUUAACCUGAUGGCUGCAGGUGUGACUGGGCCACUUCUCAACCUGCUGAUCCUAGUCAGAUUGUGAAUCCUAGGGUGCCACUGCUUUUUAGAAAUAUUCUAUAUUUAUUAGUGGAGGAGUGGUGGCAUCCAACUCUAUAGUAAUGUUUGUAUCAUAACAUGAUUUAAGUAUUUGUUUAGGACUUCUGUCAGGUAGUUAGACAAUCAAGAGUUUGUUUGGUGGCUAUUUAAGAAAAAAAAAUUAAUAGUUUUUUUUUUUUUUUUUUUUUUUUCUUUCUCAACUCCAAAAUCUUUGUGCCUACUCAGAGCCACCACAGACUCCACUGUUUGUAUGUAAUUACAUUGUAAUGAAGGUGAUUAGCAUAUUUAUCAGAAAAUUUAUGCUGUUACUGUUUGUUGCUAAAUGUUCUCGGGAUGGUUAUAUUUAUACAAUAGUUGGUGUAUAGUAUUAUAAGGUUGCUAUUGAUAUGACCAUAUCGAGAGUUAUUUGUUGAAUAGAAUACAACGAAAAGUUCCUCAGUAAUGUGAAGUUAUACAAUUAAUACGGGUAUUAUGCAGGUAUAUGUUUGUCGAAGUCUAAUGAAGCACUGUCUUUUAUUUCUGUUCUGUACUGCCCUGCCAAGUUAAUUCAGAUAUAGUAAUACAGUCUUACCCUCCAUAUAUGAUCAAAGGAUCCAAAUACCUCUAUUUCCUUUAUAUAUAUUUUGAUUAUUUUCAACAGAGUAACCCAGGUAUGCCUUAUAACUAAAGUUCCUGAUGCAAAGGCUUGUUGAAUAGUCUCUGCAUAUAUUAAAGUUAAAAAUGCCAAAUCUGUUGUAAAGUCUGUGGCCUUACAUAUACAAUAAAGGUGCUGAUAUAACUACAAGUAUGUGUUUUGGCCACAGGCUUUAGCUGUGCUCAGUUAUCUCUGUAGGUUUCACAUCAUAUUGCUGAAAUCAGUAACCCAGAAAAGAAAUAUUCAGGAAUAUUUUGAUUUAAAGAAAUUAAUUUUAGAAUCUAACUGCUAAGUUCAGAUGUUUAUCACCCAGAUGCUCAAGAUCUCAAUAGUUCAAAAGGUUUUUAUACAUGCCUGUGUAGUUGCAAAUGUGUAACAGCUGUUAUUUCUACUGAUUCCAAUAAAUGUAGGUACUUCGGGUACUGAACAAGUGAAGAAUUGGGCAUGAUUGAAGCUGUAUGAAUAGUUGCUUUAAUUUUUUUGAAAAUAUGGUUGGAUGUGCUUGUUGAUGGUCAGAUGUUCAUAUGUUUAAGUGAUUUAGUAUGUUUGUUAUGUGUUUUGCACAGAUGUUUGUAUGUACAGUUUUAAAGGUAAUGUUCCUUUGACCAGCCAUAAAGUAGACCAACCACUGGGGUAACACUGCUUGAUACUUGAUGCCAAAGUAGUACAACUUAGGAUAUAAAGUACAAAUGAUGCCUACCAAUAUUUGACAUAUUACUAAAUAACUUAGGCAAUUUUUGAUAAGAUAUCAGCUUUUGCUUUAUCCAAUCUCUUGUGCCAGUAUGCAGUGUUGGGCCAUUUUCUUGGCCACAGUUUUGUGCCACAGUUGAAAAGUGGCACAUGAUCUGAGUUUUCUGGGUUUGGCCUCUAAGCUUUGGUGUUGUGAUUCAGCACUGUGAAAUGUGUACUUCUGGGACAACUAUGUAUUAUUUUUUGAUAGUAUUGUUUUACCAAUCACUAUAACAGAAUUCAAAGUUCCUUGUAUAUACUAACAUGUUUUAAAUUGUAGAAAUGUAGUAGGAUUGGAUUUAUUUUCACUUCUUUCUUUUUGAAUAUUAUUUCACAUUCAGUUAAUUGUGUCUGUGCACAUAAUCCUUGUUUAUUGAUUCUUGUGGACAGGAUGCUACAGAUUUGUUCUGUUCCAUGAUUAUUUUUUCUUAAGACAUAUUUAUUUUCUAGAACAGUAUCAUUAGGGUCCUUUGUGGGAAUUUUGCACCUUGUAUGUUUUGACUUUAGCUCAAAGUCUGGUGUUCCAAGUUUGGUGAUAGUUCCUUUGCUCACGUUUUUUUCAACAUAAUUUUCGAAUUAUGACAAAAAGGAUUUUGUCUUCAUUAUGUUAUUACAAGUGUAACUUUUUUGGUUUUUACUUAAUGUACUCCACAACAAUGUGCUUGUAUGAGUGUACCAGUAAGUAAAGUGUCAAAAAAACUUGCUUGCUGAACAUUUGGAAGUAUGUAAUGAGAAAGAAAGACUUUCAGUAUAUAUAUAUAUUACCCUCUUUGCCAGUAUUUUGGUCAGUGCUUUUGUACAAUAUUUUGUGAUGUAAUUUUUCCCCAAGUUUGGUAUUUUUAUUUUUUUUUCAACCAAACUUGUCCAAUGUACAUUGUUCUUAGUGAUAGAUAGAUUUAUAGAUUGAAAUGUGACACUGAAUAAAAGAACUGUGGCAUUAAACAGUAUAUAAGCUUUUUGUGUGAUUGUAUUCGUCAAGUUACCAACUGUAAAGAAAAUGGAGAAAAUAUAAUUAUAAGAACUAGCAAUCACUGAAUCAUUUAAGUGUUAAGAGUUACAAGGGGCAUGCCAUAACUCAGUAUGUUACCAUAAACCUGUUCGUAUUUUAAUUUUUUUCCUGUUCUUUUUUCAUUUAUUAUUAUGUAGAAGUUAGUGGCAGAGUUUAUUUGAUCCUCUCACUUCUGUACAGGAGAAGGCAUUGGUUUCUACCAGAGUGUUCUCAUUUUUUUUUUUUUUUCUCUGUUUUCCUUUGGUUUUCUCAUCUCUCCUUUUUUCUCUCCUCUUUUACUCCUACCUUUGUUUCUUCACAUUUCAGUUUGCUAAUUUUCUUUAUAUAUCUUUCUUUCUUUAGCUUUAGACACAUAUUGUAACCUUGGAUAUCUUCAAUUUAUUCUGCAACUAUGACGCCUUUUUAACAGGAUUCCAUGCAGUAAUAAACAAUUUCCAUAUUGAUAUGCCAGCCAUUAGGAGGUGCUGAAUCAUAUAUUUGCCAUUAUAGAAUGGGCUUUUAUUUAUUUAUAUAUAUAUAUAUAUUUUUUUUUUUCCUUCUUUUUUCUUUUUCAUUAUUGUGUAGAUUAAAUGAAUUUGUUCAAUCAAACUUUAUUUUGCACACUGUAUUUACUUUUAUAUAUAUAUUUACUUUUUUUUUUCUCCUAUUAUGUUUUUUGUGUUUUUAUGUAUGUAAAACAAAAGUUUGUAACUGAUUUAUUGUGUUGUGUGGUAUUCCUUUGUUUCAUGUAUUCAGUGAUGAAACAUAUUUAUUUGUAAAGCAUUAAUUGAUCUACCUCAGUAAUGUACAUAAUAAUUUCAUGAAUUAAGCUUAUGAUUUUUUCCUCCUUUGUUCAUUGGUAGUGGUAAUUGAUGUCUAAGGAGACAUAUAUAAUAUACCUCAGUAAUUAUUAGCAACCUACCAAAACCGUUCCAUUGAUUCCAUGAUAAAAAACAUUUGUUCACUCCCAUUUCCCAUAUAAACAAAAUACCUUUCUAUUUCCAAAAACAUUUCUCAACUUUUCCCACUCUCUUUCCCUAUUUGCCUCUUCCUCAUCUUCAUAUUUCAUCUCUUAUCCUUCCUUUUCCUACACAUUUCAUCUACACAUAAAGCAUUUUAUUUCAUAUAUAUUUUGUCAAUUCUCUUGUUUAAUAUAGUAUUUAAGUAAAAAAAUCAAAUAAGUAUGCCAUAUUACCUCAGGACAGAUUGUAUGCUGCUAUACACAUUUAACUAUGCUAUAUAUUUUCAUCAGAUCCUACAUGCUUAGAGCCAGUAAUGAAAAACAAGCAUUACCCAUAUCAUAAAUAUAACAAGGAAAUACCAUUUAACAGUCAUCCACAUACCACUCAUCCACAAGCACAUUACACAAAUCACACCCGCAAACAACCCACCUGCGUUUACUGUUAAAAUCUUAAGAAGUGUUAUUUUACGCAAAAUGCAGGUGCCAAUCGUCCAUACCAGAAGUACUAGUCACCAUGAGCUUGUUGUGAGUAGACCUUUUGGUAUUGAUGGUUGCAGAAUAUUCUGAGAAAUUGAUGUAAAACACUUCUGCAUAAAUGUGCUGGGCGAGGGAGGUUCCUCACAAACACGCACGCGCCUGCUUGUGGUGUGUCUCUCUUUGUGGGGACCUUCCUCGAGCCAAGAAGAACACUCAAAAAAGAAGACAAAGUAUAUUUUUCUUUUUUGUUAUAUUUGUACAGAUACAUAAAUUUAAUGUUUAUUGACGAAUUUAAAUGAUAUGAACUCGCAGGUUGUCUUCCCCAACUUGUGCAAACACCCAUGUAAACAGUGAGUAUUAGAAUGAGCGGUGGUAGGGCAUUAUUUUUAUAGUGUGGGCAGUUGCCACUUUAUCUUGCAGUAAUAAAAAUGUCGAGUUUA